AUGAGCGACAGAAAACGGCCCUUCGAAGGCGCGGGGGAGACCUCGUCCCACAAGAAGCUCAAAAGUGACUCCACGUCGUCCAAUGGACCGGGAGCAGGAGGCUCGAGCAUGAGCGACAUCAUUGCGCAAAAGAAGGCAGAGAUCGCUGCUAAGCUCGCAGCCAUGAAGAAGGCCGCCCCUAGCAGUGCUCCAGUCGCGACGCCCCCGCCAGCUGUAGCGUCACCUGCGGCCUCAGGCUCCAAACCGUCCGUGGACGAUAUGGCGAAGAGGAUAGCAGAGGCCAAAGCGCGUGUGGCAGCGGCGCAGAAGCAACUGGCAACGAAGGACAACCCGUACAUGUCGGCGCCGCAAUCGAAAAAGAAGGGUGCUCCUCCGCCGCCCGAACCGGCUCAACAGGGCGCAGGGCUGAAGAUGGCGGCUCACCCGCUUCUGCUCGAUAUGUCUGUACCCGCUCCGCAGUCAAAGAAGGACCGGUACAAGCCCAUGCAGCCGAAGUUUGCGUCUAUCAAGGCCAACAUCCGUAAUGCACCCACACCUUCGCAUGCCACCCCGGUGCCGGUGGUGGCGAUCGAGGCCAAAGCCAACCCCUACGUGCAAUCGCCGCUCUCCCGUACUUCCUCCGCUCAGGGCGGCGGCGAGCCGGUCGACUUCGACGGCGCCCCGAAGGAGCGAGCCGGCCGCAAAUUCCGCUUUAAUCCUAAAGGCAAAUACACCCAGCUUGCGGAAGAAAUGCGCAAGGAGCAGCAGCUUGAAGCCCUGAAGCAGAGGAUCGCGGAGACCGCGAAAAAGGCGGGUCUGGAUAGCGAGUUCGAGACGCUUGAGAGGAAUAUCAAGAGGGAAGCACCACCGGAUGCGGAGUGGUGGGACGCGUCCUUGCUCCCUCGCAAGACGUACGACGACUUGGCCAACGGCAUCGAGUCUCUUAACAUACGAUCACCGGAUUCGCCCAUCACGAUCUAUAUUCAGCAUCCUAUCCCUAUCCCAGCACCGGGAGACAAGGCCACGGCCGUGCUCAAGCCACUCAAGCUCACGACGAAGGAGCAAAAGAAGAUGCGCAAACAACGUAGGCAAGCCGAGCUCCAGGACAAGCGGGACCGGAUCCGUAUGGGCCUGAUUCCUCCUGACCCUCCUAAAGUCCGUCUGGCAAACCUCAUGAAGGUUCUCACCUCCGAUGCGGUGCAAGACCCGACCAAGGUCGAAGCGCGCGUGCGGCGUGAGGUUGCGAUGCGCAAGCAUACGCACGAGAAGAUGAACGCGGAGCGCAAGCUGACCGACGAGCAAAGGAGGGAGAAGAUUGAAAAGAAGAAAGCGGCCGAAGACGAUAAGGGCAUUUAUGGCGCGAUAUUCAAGAUCAAGACGCUCUCGGACCCCGCCCACCGGUUCAAAGUGCGCAAGAACGCUGAGCAGCGGAACCUCACGGGCGUUUGCAUCUUCAACCCUAACUUCAGCAUGGUCUACGUCGAGGGCGCAUCCAAGUUCUUGCGCCAGUACAAGCACCUGAUGCUCGACCGCAUCGCUUGGACCGAAGCUGCCCGCGCUCGUGGUAACGACGUUGAGGUCGAGGGCGAGGAAGAGGGCGACGGAGCGGGACCAUCUGCUCCCGCCGUGACCACGCCGGCCGCGGGUGAAGGGGAGGCAGAGGAGGCCGUAUCGCUGGUGGACAACAGAUGUGAUCUGGUGUGGGAGGGGCAGUUGCGGGAGAGGGCGUUCAAUGGCUUCAAGCCAAAGAGCUGCCCGACGGAUGCGAGCGCGAAGGAGGCCUUGGGCGCGAAAUUGGCGUCGUUCUGGGACAUGGCGAAGCAUUAUAAGCCAGGAGAAGAAGACCUCAUUUAA